ACAACAUCAAUCAUUCAGAAGCACUAAGGCAGCACAACUUUGAUGGUGUUGACCAUAUGAAGUGCUUGUUCGAGAAAAAUCACUAGAGGUGCUUAUGUUAUUAGGUCCUCAAAAUAUUGGAUGCAACCAACCUUAUUACCUCUCAAGGCUAUGUUAUCAUGUUCUGCUCAUACUAUGCAGAGCAUCUGUUUCUAGAUGCAGGUUGACAAAGAUGGAGAAUCUUGCCACUGGAAAUAAAGUGGUGUUGUGUGAUCAUUCGCCCACAAGAGUUGUGCUUCCCCUGCAACUGGAAAUGGUUUCGGUAUGCCAACCCUUCAAAGAAGAUUAGAAUGAGCUCAAGUAUCAAGGUUCUGGAUUGACAUACGUGCAAAUUAAAAUCUUCAACAGUCCGCCGAAAUGGUCCUAAGAAGCAUCUAUAGUGGGUUUUCAACAAAAUAGCAGCUCCACCUAGGAAGCAUUAAGCAUAUAUAAUGGGUUUUCACUUUUCAACAAAAUGGCAGCUCUACAGUAGUCUUAUCACAAUCAUUGACAAGAGAAUGGUGACCCCACUUCAGCUGUUAUUAAAGUUAUCCUUAAUACUUUAUGAAUUAACGUCAUUCAUAUUUUAUUUUCCAGCUAACUACAUUCACAAAGUCAAAGAACUGAGAAUUAACCAACAAGGUCUUUCCCUUCAAAAUUAAGUCAUGUUGAUAUGAGGCCAUUCAUGCCCACCUCAAACUCUCAAACGCACCUGCUUUCUUGGCACCACCUCUCAUCCCUUGUUGUUUGCUGAAUCUUCUACAGAUUCAUUAUAUUCCACACCGGACUCUCAAGCAGAAAAGGUUGUGUUCUUGCAUUCAGGUCUGCAGCAGCUGCUUUCAAGAUGUUGCCGCUUGAACAUAAGCCUGAGUGUUGAAAUUUGUGGAUGGCAGUGACCUGCAGAACCUCCAUGAUAUCUGCCUUCCUUUCUUUCAAUUCUUGUGCUUCUUGCUUUUAAUCUCUCAAGGUGUUUCAAAGGGCAGACUCGCACUGCAAGUGAGUGCGUGAGGGAGGGAGAGUUAUGGGAGUUGUGCUUCUGGAUUUCUUGGGCCAAUUGAUCAAACAACGAGCUUGUCUACGGUGGAAGCAAGCAGGCCGAGCUUCUUACCGUUGCAGUUAGCCACUUUAUAUUUUCUGAAAGCUCACUCGCAGUCUGCCACUUCUCUUUGCUUGUGUUUGUGCAUGAGAUUGAACUGUGGCCGCAUGGGGCUCAACAAAGAAUUGUUGCAAGGUUUGUGUUCUGAUGGUCUAUGGAAAUAUGCAGUUUUUUGGUCACUCGAAAGCGAGAAGCAUGGGAUAUUUCACUCUUUCAAAUGCAUGAUUGGCAAAUUAACUUUCCAGGAUAUUGACUUGGGGAGAUGGUUAUGUUGAUAAGAUGAUCAAGGAUACCCAAAGAAGAGAUCUUUAUGAUGAUCUAGCUGAUAGUGAUAAUCAGAUAAUAUCACAUAUUUGGUCCAACAAUGACCAGUAUCAAAGCUAUCCACUGUGCCCAGUGUUGUGCCCCAUCGAGGCAGCAUUGCUGAGCAUGUUUUGUCAUUCUUAUUCUCUUGGAGAAGAAAUUAUUGGUAAAGUAGCGGUUACGGGACAACAUUGCUGGAUAUCUGCAAAUGAUUUUCGUUCAACAUUAGUCUAUAAGUAUCACGAGGACUGGCAAUUUCAGUUUGCAGCAGGAAUCAAAACAGUUUUGCUUGUACCGGUGAUUCCUCAUGGGGUUCUUCACCUGGGCUCUUUACAUAUGGUUCUGGAAAGUUCAGCGUUGGUGACACUCGUGAAGGACUUGUUUUAUAAGAUCAACGACCCCUCGAUUCUUCAUAAUCCUUCAGCCACAGGGUUUGUCUCCUUGAAGAAACCUACUGCAAGUCUAUUGGCGGAUCCCCCAGACACACUUGCCCAUGACUUAUUUGAUUUGAUCAACAGUUCUGCUCAGCUUUUGAGGGUUGAUCAUCUCAAUCUAUCACACCCCUUCACUACGUCAGAGUUUCCAAUGUUAGAUGAUGUCAUUGCAGGGGCGUAUGUUACUGGUAUAACAGCUUGCCCAGAUGAAACUUCUGAUGCCAAUGAGAGUGAUCUGUGGACCAGUGCACAUGAAGGACCAUCUGAACUUACUCACUGUAAGACAUUGUUCGAGCAAGACAUGACCAAUCCCAAUAGCAAACUGAGUUGCAGACCGGUAACUAACAUGGAAGAUUCAGAUUAUAAUAAUAUUGAUGGUUUUACUCUUGCAUAUAUGGCACAAGAAUAUCAGGAGAACACACAUGGUACCACUAUUGUUUUAAAUGAUGAUUUUGUAACUUCAAAUUCUUUGGUUCAUUCAAAGCGGCACAAAGAUGUUGAGGCUAUGCCCAGGGAAGAUCUUGAGAACUUCGUGUGGCAUAGUAGAUCUAAACAUCAAGAGUCUACAAGCCAUUCUCUCCUUCAAGCGAAUGAAAGUAGAACAUGUUUUUACUCGCAUCUUGAGAAUAACGAGUAUGCAGAGUUCUUACUAGACGCUAUAACCUGUCAGGUUGAUAGUAUUCCAAACAGUGUAUCUUCGCAGUCAACUGGUUCUUUGACUUCAUCCCAAACACAAAUUCAGAGAGAAGAUCAUGCAGUGAGGCUGGAGGAAUUGUCAGUUCCAAACCACCCUGGUGGCCAGGAUUUUUCACCUAUCUCAGUCAAUGAUGGCUUCAUGAGUUAUAAAGUGACUGUUUCGUCCCCUGCGGAAAUCAACAAGACAAUGACUGAAGAAUGUAUGGGUCAUACAAUUCAAGACGUGCGAGGAGAUUCAGUUAAAAUAAAACAUGGAUGCAGAAAAACUGAGCUGCAGAAAGCAAGACCUAGAGACAGGCAGCUAAUCCAAGACAGAAUGAAGGAGCUGAGGGAGCUCAUUCCAAAUGCCACAAAGUGCAGCAUUGAUGCUCUCCUGGACAGUACAAUAACCCACAUGGUGUUCCUCCAAAGUGUAUCCGAGAAAGCUGAGAGGCUUCAGGACAAAAUAGGAAACAGGGAGCUUCAGGCCAAUAAGGAUCUGGAAAACUGCCCACUGAGAGUCCAAGAGCUCGAGCAAUCUGGUCAUCUUCUCAUUGAGAUGGUGUGCAAGGGGUAUGACGUCUUCCUUGAGAUUGCCCAUCUGUUCAAGAACCUUGAGGUGAGCAUACUGAAAGGAGAGCUGGAGUACCGUUCGGAUGAGCUCUGGGCUUGCUUCGUCAUCGAGGCUUCAGAAUGUUCAAACAAGAUGCAGAUUCUCUGUCCACUGAUGCAUCUGUUGCAGAGGAGAUGAUCAUGUUUUUGUGACUUGUGUUGUGUCGUUUGAUUAUGGCUAGCCAUUUUCCUGCUUGAAGAGUGACUCAUUGAAUAAUGUACAGGAGACAUGUGGUGCACUGGAACAACAGUUUGUUAAUUGCAGACAUCUGAGACUUGCUAGCUUGGUUCUUAUCUUUUUAUUUUAUUUUGAAAGCUUCACUAUCAUCUGAGGCGACCCAGAAUUAAUUGUGCUAUUAAAUAAUAUACUGUACUUUCGUCACAA